CAGCGAGCGUCACGGGAGCGCGAGCCCCGCCUGCAGAAGGAUUAGACCGCGCUAAACCUCAGAUCCUCGCGCGCUGUCAGGUAACGCCGCAAACACCGUCCACGACUCAGCCAACAGCACAAACAACGACAAAUAAACAUACUGGCUCGCUCUCGUUCGUUCGGGGUCUGGACUUGGAAGUUUCCACGCUGUGAACUGUGAAGUGGUUGUCCGUGCAGUACGUUUUGCUAGUGAAUCUGCGCGACGGGUCGCGUCUUUUCUGAGGGGACGAUGUUCAUCAUAUUUGAGAAUGACGGGAGCGCGCGUGUCGGCGACGCUCGCGGGGAAUGACGCUUCAGACUUUGACCAAGUGUUAUCAAGUUAAUUACCUGAUGGACUAAAUGAAGAAUGCCGCACGUUUGGGAGUUCGUUCUGAUUCUCAACAUUAAUGUCAUCUUUGUGGAAGCACAGCCAGUGUCAUCAAAGCUGCACGAUGGUUGGUGGGCAUACAAAGAUGUUGUCCAGGGGAGCUUUAUACCAGUGCCGUCUUUCUGGGGACUAGUUAACACUGCCUGGAAUCUGUGCGCGAUUGGGAAGAGACAGUCGCCUGUCAACAUCGAAACCAGUCGCAUGAUUUUUGACCCCUUCCUCAACCCGCUACGACUCAAUGCAGGGCAACGCAAGGUCAGUGGAACGAUGUAUAACACUGGCCGGCAUGUGUCACUGCGCCCAGACAAGUCACACCUGGUGAACAUCUCUGGCGGGCCGCUGAGCUAUAGCUACAGGCUGGAGGAGAUCCGGCUUCACUUUGGCAGUGAGGACAAUCGGGGAUCAGAGCACCUGCUUAAUGGCCAGGCCUUCCCUGGAGAGGUGCAACUCAUCCAUUAUAAUCAGGAUUUGUAUUUAAAUUACAGUGAUGCCGUCAGGAGUCCUAAUGGAAUUGCAGUUGUUUCUAUCUUCAUGAAGAUUUCAGAGCCUACCAAUGUGUUUCUGAACCGUAUGCUGAAUAGAGAGACCGUUACGAGGAUUACAUAUAAGCAUGAUGCAUACUUAUUGAUGGGGCUGAAUAUUGAGGAGCUGUAUCCCGAAACCUCACGGUUUAUCACUUAUGAAGGGUCGAUUACUAUUCCACCGUGCCUUGAGACAGCUACCUGGAUAUUAAUGAAUAAGCCAAUUUACAUCUCACAGAUAGAGAUGCAGUCUCUUCGACUCCUCAGUCAAAACCAACCGUCUCAGAUCUUCCUCAGUAUGGGUGACAACAUGCGGCCGACCCAAACUCUGCACCAGCGCUGCAUCCGUACCAAUAUCAACUUCAGCCAGAGGCGGGACUGUCCCAACAACCGCGUGCUGAGGCCACAAUACAGAGUGAAUGAAUGGCUUCUGAAAUAAAAGCUUGACGUGGAUUAGUUACUUCAGAAACCUGUUUGACGGACAGAGGAUGAUGGGAAACAUGCUGCGAGGUGAAGACAAAGGACUUCAAUAAAAUAUAUGAAAUUACUUUUUUACUUGUUUAUAUAUAUAUAUAAAUAUCUCUCAAAGACAUUGCUUAGUGCGUUGAGUCAGACAGGACUGGUUGCUUCAUCUUCGCUUCUUGAAGUACUGUUUACUCUUAUUGUUUGCAUCUGAAAAAAGCAGGUGCAUUCAAGACUUUUGCAGCGAAUGGAAAACUACCUUUGCUCUAUGCACAGGGAUUUCAACUUUACUUGGACACCAGGCAAACAAAAGGAUUUCAAGCCUAUAUCUUGGACUUUUUGGAGCAUGUUGCCUUCUCUACGUAAGUGUUUACAGUGCUAAAUGGAUUGAGUGAGUAUCUGCCCAAUAAAUCUUUGAA